UGCGGUGCAUUCCUUACUUGUCUAUAUUGUUUCCUAAGACAUUUGCUGCACAGGAUGAUGGAGAGGGGUUGUCACAUCAACAUUGCCAUGACAGAAGAUGUCGACGCCAACGGGACGGCCAGGUCAAAGCUCGUCCCAGCCGUGGACCAGAAGACGCUGCCGUGUGGCUCCACCGUGAGCUUCCACAACAUCCAGUACAAAGUUCAGCUGAGGAGUGGUUACUUAUGCAAAAGGGAAACCAGCCACAGGGAAAUACUGUUCGACCUCAAUGGGACUAUGAGGCCUGGCCUCAAUGCUAUUCUUGGACCUACUGGAAGUGGAAAGUCUUCAUUCUUGGAUAUUCUGGCUGCGAGAAAGGAUCCUUCAGGUCUCUUUGGAGAAGUGCUCAUUGACAAAGCACCACAGCCUCCAAACUUCAAGUGCCUCGCUGGCUAUGUGGUUCAGGAAGAUGUGGUCAUGGGCACCCUGACUGUGAGGGAGAAUCUGCGUUUUUCUGCAGCACUGCGGCUGCCGAGCUCCGUGCUUCAGAGUGAGAAGGAGGCCCGAGUCAAUCACCUCAUUGAAGAACUGGGUCUCACCAAGGUGGCUGACUCCAAGGUGGGCACACCCAUGACGCGGGGGAUCUCAGGAGGAGAGAGGAAGAAGACGAACAUCGGCAUGGAGCUGAUUACUGAUCCCUCAGUUCUCUUUCUGGAUGAACCGACCACAGGACUGGAUGCCAGUACCGCUAACUCUGUCCUGCUGUUGCUGAAAAGAAUGGCCAGUCAUGGAAGAACCAUAAUUAUGUCCAUCCACCAACCCCGGUACUCCAUCUACAGACUGUUUGACACUCUGACUCUGCUGGUCGCUGGUAAAAUGAUUUACCAUGGACCAGCGCCCGACGCGUUGAACUACUUUGCCAACAUCGGAUACCUAUGUGAGCCCCACAACAACCCGGCUGACUUCUUUCUGGAUAUUAUUAAUGGAGACUCCAACACCACAAACAUGAACAAAUGCCAUGGCUCUGAAGAUUUGGACUUUGAGGAGCUCAUCCGUUCCAGGCAGAGCAUCGAGGAGAACCUGGUGGAAGAGUACAGGAACAGCAGCUACUCCAGCGACACGAGAGCUGAGCUGGAGCGCAUCGUCCAGGAGAAGAAGUGUAUCUCAGAUUCAACAUCCCACAACAUCACCUACAACAGCUCCUUCUUCCACCAGCUACGUUGGGUUCUCAUGAGAACCUUCCAGAACCUCAUGCUGAACCCACAGACGUCUGUGGCCCAGCUCGUGGUCAACAUUUUCCUCGCCCUCGUUGUUGGAACCAUUUUCUCCGGGGUCAAAGAUGAUCAGAGUGGUAUGCAGAACAGGACGGGCGUCCUCUUCUUCAUGACAAUCAACCAGUGUUUCAGCACCUUGUCUUCAGCUGAGCUCUUCAUCAUCGAGAGGAAGCUGUUUGUGCACGAGUACAUCAGUGGCUACUACAGAGUGUCUGUCUACUUCCUCUCUCAGAUCCUGUCUGACAUCACUCUGCGCACCAUCACCUCGGUUAUCUUCAGCGCUAUUGUCUACUUUAUGAUUGGGCUCAAAUCCACAGCUGAAGCCUUUUUCAUCUUCACGCUGACCGUGACUCUGGUGGGUUACACGGCCACAGCCAUGACGAUGGCCAUCUCAGCCGACCAGAGCUUCGUGGCUCUCGCCAACAUUUACAUAACCAUCACCUUUAUCUUCAUGAUGAUCUUCUCAGGUCUGCUGGUGAACCUACCCAGCAUGGAGGCCUGGCUGGCUUGGUUGCGAUACUUCAGCAUUCCUCGCUACGCCUUUGCAGCUUUGCAGAUCAAUGAGUUUGUGGGUUUGAAUUUUUGUGACGAGGCUGUGAUCCGAAACAGCAACAUGUCCUCUGUGGAGACGAACGGCAGUGUGAGCUCAGCCGGCCCGAUGUGUACAGGAGAGCAGUAUCUGGACUACAUGGGAAUAGAGUACACCACCUGGGGACUGUGGGAGAAUCAUGUGGCGCUGACCGUUAUGAUGUUCAUAUUCCUCAUCAUCGCCUAUCUGAAACUUCGCUACAUCAAGAAGUUUACUUAAAUGUGUGAUUAUGCACCUUUUACUUUUGGCUUCAACGAACCAGGCCAAUAGCUGUUCAUUGAGAACUUCACCUGUAAAAUAAUAGUACACCAUUAUUUGCUUUUUUGCAGUUAGAUGUAGAUAACUGAUACCACUCUCAUAUCUAGAUAUCAGAAUAUUGAUCUUCUCAUCUAACUCAAAAGUGAAUAAGCAAAUUUUCCCCAAAACCUCUUUUUUUUUGUGUGUGUGUUUAUGUUUUUGAAUUCAUAUAGUGUGAUAUUCCGUAGGGCUCAGACAAACCUGAAUGUAAACAUCAGUUUUGUAAUCUUUGGUUAAAACCAUGUGUCUCAAAGUUUUAGGUUCAAUGUAUUUUAUUUUUCACACUGUUGGAGUUGUUUUUUUUAAACCCGAAGGUUUUCUGAUGCGUAGGAGAUGUUCACACAUGGACAGUGACACGGAUAUGGCCUUUCGACUAUCUAACCAAUCAGUUUCACGGGGGAGAUUGUCUUGAACGCUGAGCCGAAAUCAACUCAGCAUCAUUCUGAUGUCGGCGUUUGUUAUUUUCAAGUGAGUGGAGAGAAGUGGACACGGCGUCCUCUGUGGAUCUACUGGUUCUGUAUGCAAACUGGUGAGGGUCCAGGCUAGCUGGUGGGUCUCUUGAAGCAGGGCGGGGAACACUCUCCUGUGAAAAUGUAAGCGAUGAACCUCAGCUGGUUGGCACAUGUUCUCAGUACACAACCGGGGAUGUUACGAGGCCAAACAGUUGCACUCAUAUUGACUCUCAUCAGGGGUUUUCUCACAUCCACCUGUGGAUACUGACAGUGGCCGGUCCUUGACUCUUUGUUGAGGAGAUCAAAGCGAGCUUAAAGGGUGUUGAGUUAUCUGUGUGGCCUCCUCCUGUCACAUUCUGGAUCGCCUGCCACAUAUCUUUAGUGUUGUUGGUGUUGAGGUCUCUCUUGACGCCUCCGCUUUGCCUCUUCGGUGGCAGUUUUAAAUCUUUGUUCCCGGGCGACGCUUUAUGCUUCAUUGUCACCUGAUGAAAAAGCAUCUUUUUGGGAUAGUGUCCUCUUCUCUCCUCUUCAUUCAUUCAGGCUUUCUUGUCGGGGACUGAUUUUAGUGUCUUUGUGAUCACCACAUCAUCAACACACUUGCUGAUAUGUGUGGAUGUAUAUUCUUUAAGAUUGAUUUUGUUCUCCUGGGAGAUCCCUGCAAUGUCUGUACAGUCUGAAUAACUUCAUCGGUCAACAAUUAAACUGGGUUUUCUUCCUGAUGGUUUGGUUGGUUUAAUCAGCUGGGAGGAGGUGGGCAGCAGAAGCUGAUUAUCCAAAGUCGGAGGAGGGGAGUGCUUUGUAGCUGCCGGGAAUAUUUGUGUCAGCACGGUCCAGGAGGUUGUUUCCUCUGUUGGGGACGUGGACAUGCUGCUGGAAUUUAGGUCAAACAGAUCUGAGCUUA